GUAGUGAGGACCUCUGGGGUUACAGAAUAAUUAAAACACAUAAGUAUUGCAAAAACACUACAGACACACAUAUUAAAAUAUAUUUCUAUAAAAGCUACAUAGUAAAACAAAUUUCAAUUAGAUAGAUAGAUAGAUAGAUAGAUAGAUAGAUAGAUAGAUAGAUAUGUAAUGUUCGUUUGUGGGAUUAACACAACUCAAAAACCACUGGACGGAUUGACACCAAAUUUGGACACAAUACACUUAUCAGGCCAAUGAGUGACCAUCACUCAUAAAAACACUGAAAAACACAGCAGAAGAGACUUAAAAAGCAAAAACAAUAAUUAUACCAUUUUAUAUAUACACGCAUACAUAUGCAAACACACACAUAUACACGUAAACACACUAUAUACACAUAUACACAAAGAUAUAUACACACAUAUGCCCACACAAAACACAUAUACACAGACUGGGCCACAGCAGUGCGUGGCAGGGGACAGCUAGUAUAUAUAUUAAAAUACACAAAAUAGAGAUAAAACAAAGGACACAUUUAAAAUCCAUGCUUAUCCAGCUCAGUUAACAGCAAAGUCAAGGGAGAGCCCUGUGCUGUUUAUGGUGUCUCAGCUUUUCUACUUUUCAGAGGUCUUGUUUUACAGAAGGCCCCAAAAGUCAUGUGAUCUGGGGGCAAGCUAACUGUAGAGAGUCCCAUCAGAAUACAAUGACAACAAGUCCGGCUGAAAUCCGUCAGACCUGUUCCUUAGUAAACAGGUUUAGUCUGUAUCCUCCUGGGAUGAGGGCUCAGGUGCUCCUUUUCUUCAGCCGCCUCCUGGGACAGAUGCAGUGCCCUUUGCUGCACUACCUCAACGUGCACAGACCUGUCCAGAGGCUCCUUCAGCUUGGGAGUGACACCCUGGGCCCUGAUCCAGAGAAAGAAGCCAUGCAAUUGGUGGCUGUGCUGUGUGCCAAGAUCCGCCAGGAUCCUUCCCUGCUCCCUUGCGUUCUGGAGGACAACGGUGUAGCUGAACCGUUACAUCUCCAACAAUCAGCAACUGAACCAGACUUGGGCUCUGGUGGCCCCUUGCCUCAUUCUCCAAAGAAAGGGGCAAGCGGGGCACCCCCAACAGAGCCUUCCUCCUUUGCCCAGAACCUUGUGGCCUCUCUGCUCAGCUUGUGCAAGAGCCAGAAGAGGAGGAUUGCCCUGAAAGCCCAGGAGAACUUGCUGAUGCUCUCCGGUGCUGACCAUCCGACAGCUGCCCUGGCCUUGACGCGGGAUGGCAGGCUCGGCGCCCUCGUGACUGACCACCUCCUUGCUCUCCACAGCACCCUCCCAGACACCCUCAGCCCUGCCGACAUCGCCCCCUUUCAGCCAGUCAUCUGGAGGCGCCAGAGCAGCUCCACUGAGGAGGGGAAUGCAUUCCCUGGACAGACGGAUCUCGAGGCUUUCCUUGCCUGGUUGGACCUCUGCGAUUGCCUGGUGAAGGAGGCCCACCUGGUGGUUGCAGAUGCCGUGAGGGAAGCCAUGGCACAGAAGUUCUUUGUGGGGCGGCUACAGCCCCAGCUCCUGCAGAUGGAUGAGCGCGGCCUCCUUCUAGCCACGGCUCUCCUGACCCUCCUGGUGAGGCAGAUCCGGGCCCCUGCCCUCCUCCGGGAACUGACCGUCUUCCUUCUGGGGACCGAGGGGGGACCGGCCGGAGCGGAAGACCUGGAGCAUCAGCAGCAGCACCAGCCUCUCCUGCGCUCCCAGCUGAUAGAGCGUUGCAACCACCUGUCUGAUGAGAUCAGCCUGGGCACCUUGCGGCUGUUUGAGGAGCUCCUCCGUCUCCCGGAGCCCCACGUACUGCAGACUCUGGUGCUGGGCAGCCUGGAGGGGCGUGGAUACGUCCUGCGGAGCCUCCCUGGGCAGGAAGAGCACGUCGCCCGGGAGCCAGAGCCACCCUGCGAGGAUGGGCUAGACCUGGAGGAAGACCCCUACUUCAUGGACGGCCUGCCAAGUACCAGUUUCCGAGCCUCUGCAAAGGCCAAGCCAGCACCUGUUCCUGCUCCAAAGCCGAGGACGCAGCCUGGGGAGCGUAGAGACGUCAAGGAGGUGGUCAGCAGCUUCCUUUGCCUGGUUCCUAGUGAGGCAAAGACCUCUACUUACCUGGAGGAGGCGGGAUAUGACACCUAUGUCCAUGAUGCCAGUUUGCUGUUUAAGGAAUGCUCUGUGAAUGCUGCCCGAUGGAACUGGCCCCGGGUCCCUCGGCCCCUGGAGAGCUGCCCCGAAGAGUCCUGCUUCCACGAAGGCCACUUCCUGAAGGUGCUCCUGGACCGCCUGGCACGGAUCCUGGACCAACCCUAUGCCGUGAACCUGCAGGUGACCUCGGUGCUCUCCCGCCUGGCCCUUUUCCCCCAUCCACACCUCCAUGAGUACUUGCUGGACCCCUACCUCCCUCUGGCUCCCGGUUGCCGGACUCUCUUCUCAGUCCUGAUCAGGGUGAUUGGGGACCUGAUGCAGCGGACCCAACGCAUCCCAGACUUCCCUACCCAUUUGCUGCAGGUCCGGAGGCAGCUGAUGGGGUUGGUUUCUGAAGACACCCGGAUUGCCCACCAAAUGCUGUUUGAAGGGGUGGUCAUCCUAGAGGAAUUCUGCCGGGAGCUGGCUGCAAUUGUCUUUGUCAAGUCAGUGACGGAGGAGGGACCUGCCUGAUGCUCCCAGACCCAGAAUGGACCCAGAUGCCCAUCAGCUGCCCAGGAUGGGUCAGCCAGCGGACCACUAGCCCAACUCUCUCUAAGGACUGAGAGAGAUAGGCUACAGCUCCGGACAUUUUUGGCAGGAUCAGGGGCUCCUUAUUGCCUGGGAUUGUGGACUAGACAAUGGCUAAAACAAGUCGAAGGAGACUAGGGAUAGGAAGCCAAAAGGCUGACCCAAGGAGGCCUGCAUGUUCAGAGGAGGAACCACAGGGCACUUGCAGACUCCUGAUUCCUUCUAAGGUCAACAUUGUGCCUCUCAACCAGCUGAGCCCUCCUUUGCCCCAAAGAGGAGAGUUUGGGGCCCACUUGUGCACAUCUCAGAGUGGCCCAGGUUCUCCUUUUCUGGCUCUGCUGCGGAUUUUCCUCUUGCAAAAAAGAUAGACUGGUUUUAUCUUGAAUGAUGCUGGCUGCUGGCAAAGUCUCUGUCGCAAUUUGCCGAUGGAGGAGGCCUCUCUAACCACUGGGCCUUUGCUUGUGGGGCCUCCAGUGCCUCUCCCACACGGACUACAGACACCGGUGCCUCAGUCGCGGGCAGAACUAAAGACUUCUCAACCAGCCCCAGGUUGCAGUUCUACCUGGUUAGGUUUCUGGACUCUUGCUCCUUUUUGCACAGUUAGGCCUCAAUCCAUUGCUUCCAAGCUAGAGCAGUUCCACUGGAUCUGUGGGAACCCCAUAAGACAGGACUUAAUUUCUAUAAAUGCGGUAGGUUUCCCCUCCCUGGGAUCCAGUGAUGGGAUUUUGAUCUUGCUCAUUCUUCAAAUCAGACCUACUCAGGAAAAGUGAUAUACGUUUGCGGUUUUUAAAUCUUACCUUCCAAGAAA